CAGAGAACAAAACUCCAUCAAAAAUGUGUUCAUGAUAAAUAGACAUUUUUCUGUCUAUAAAGAUUCAUACAUGAGAAUUUCAAUCGAUUGAUUGGUCUUCUAAAAUUAUAUGUAUAAGUACCUUGUGUAAGCUUGGUAAAUGAUGUUGAAAUCUAAGACUAAUAUUUCCCUUAUUAUAAGAUUCAAAAUUACACCAUUGUACAUGAACAUUGAGGUAAUAAAAGGACGUCCAUAGACUUAAUUUAUGUGAUGUCUUUCAGUUUGUUAAGUUUUAAUAUUAAGUAGCCAAGGCAACGAUAUAUGGUUAAACACUUUAAUAUGUAUAUCUUACCAUUGUUGAACACUUUUCAGUCAUCAGAUCAAUAUUUAAGGCUGAAAACAAACAUGUGGUGAAUGCACUAUGAUUUGUUUAUGCAUAAAUUUAUGAACGUUGGUUGGAUUUUUAUAUGACUUGGAUAUUAUCCGACAUGGAAAAAAUAAACGGCUGACUGAAUCAAAAGUCAUACGGUAGUUUAAGAAAAUAUGCUUCAUAUUGAUUUGUAUGUUGAAUAUUGGAUAUUAUCUGAUGAUCCAACAUUUUAAUUUUAUCUCAAUAAUUGAUCAAGAUUCAACACAUUGACCACAGUGAUUGAAAUCAUGAAACAAGGUGAUUGAAUGAUAAAAGUUUGAAGAACUUUAUAAUAAACGAAAUCCAGUUAAAACUUCCUAGUGUAUUAGACAGAUUUUUCCCUUGAACGUCUUGUCAACAAUGCCAUCAGCGGUAAUUGAAAGUUCGCGACAUUUGAUAAGCCGACCUUUAUGGAUAAAAGAUCCUAAUUAUUUUGAUUUACAAAGUUCAACGAGAUCUGAUUAUUUAUGGGAUCCAAGAACUUCACGUAAAACUGAACCUGAAGGAAUUCGUGCACGAAGUUUUAAACCAAAAGUUUCAGCAUACAAAAGUACAAUUGAUUGGGAUUUAGGUGAGAAAAUAAAAUCUAUCUCAUGUGUACAUACACAACUCAAUCCAAAUAAAUAUCAGAAUCAUAGUUAUUCGUUGACUAGUUUAUUAGAUCAACAACCAAGAGAUUGGCUUAUUGAUGAUUAUGAUUCAAAACACAAAGGAUGGAGACGAACAAAUCAGAUAGUAAGAAAUAAAGAAUCAUUUACAGAAAAUUCAUUAUAUCGUGAACAGUUCCCACCAAAGGAAGCUGAUCAUGUACAACCGGUAAAACCUGUUCAUAUACCAUUAAAAACUUCAGAGAAAUUUACUGAUAAAUCUGUUUAUACUGAUGAAUAUAUAUGGCGACCAAUAAUAAUAGACUAUAAUCAGUCAAAACAUCAUAAACUUCGUCUUCCUAUUGAAAUGAUCCCUUCAAAGCCCAGGGAUGAAUCAAAUAUGAUAAGUAUUGGCGAAAAUGUCAUGUCAACGCUUGGUACCAGUCCAAAGUUAUUUAAAAAUACAACUUACAGAGAGGAUUUUCAAAGACAUGCAUUGACUAGUAAAGAACCAGUUAUGUGUAGGAAAAUUGCACCUGCAAUCAAAUUAUCUAAAGUAUUAAAACCCCCAUAUGAAAUUCAAGAAUCAUAUUCUACUAUAAAUUCAAGAUAUCAAUAUGAUUAUGCUAGCUCAAUAAAACAUCGUCAUUUAUCUAAUUGUUUACCUGCCGCUGGAAUUACAACAUCUGGUGGACCUAUUAAAAAUCAAAAUCAAACUUAUUCAUUUGAUUAUGAAAAUUAUCCUUUAUUUAUCAAAGAGAAAUCGAACAUUCAAGAAAAAUCCAUCGAGGAAUCCGAUUCGAAUAUAAAUUUAUCACAACGACUGUAUUUACCAGAUAUCAUUGAACAAGUAGAAAAUAAAUGGCCAUAUUUAGAACAUAAAAAAGGAUGUUUCUAUACAACUAGACCAUUAGAAGGAAGUUUUUAAGGAUGAUUAUUAUUGUAUUUUAUUUCUAUAACAUUUUCUAAUACAAAUGUUUAUAUUCUAAAUAGAGAAAUAAAAAUGAUCGAUCUAUUCAUCAGUUAAAUAUAAUUAUUACUUACUAA